GGCCGGGCGAUGCGCGGCGGCGCUCGGUGAGGCGGCUCGGGCGGCGCGGCCAUGGGCACCCUGGGCAAGGCGCGAGAGGCUCCGCGGAAACAGCCCCAUGGCGCCCGAGCUGCCCCCAGAGCAAGACUAGAGGCGAAGCCAGCCUCCCUGCCCUGCCACACCAGCCUGGCCCCGGUCACUCAGCUGGGGAUGAUGGUGCCCCUGGGACAGCUGGCCCGCGGAGCCAGCCUGGAGGAGCUCCUGGACAUCUGCAUCCAGGCCUUCGAUGCCGACGGGAACCUGCGCCCCGGCCAGCAGCUGGUGCCCGCGCUGCUGGCCAUGCACCCUGUCCUGCUGUCGUCCACCGAGCUGCUGCGGAAGGUCAUGGGCCUCUACAAAGAGGCCCUGGCAAAGGAUUCCCCGGGGCUCUGCCUGAAGAUCUGCUACUUCGUAAGGUACUGGACCACCGAGUUCUGGAUCAUGUUUAAAAUGGACGCCAGCCUGACGGACACGAUGGAGAAGUUUCAGGAGCUGGUGAAAGCCGCCGGCGAGGAGUCGCACUGCCGGCUCAUCGACACCACUCAGAUCAACGCGCGGGACUGGUCGAGGAAGCUCACUCAGAGGAUCAAGUCCAACGCCAGCAAGAAGCGCAAGGUGUCCCUGCUCUUCGACCACCUGGAGCCGGAGGAGCUGUCCGAGCACCUCACCUACCUGGAGUUCAAGUCCUUCCGGAGGAUCUCCUUCUCUGAUUAUCAAAAUUACCUUGUAAAUAGCUGUGUGAAGGAGAACCCCACCAUGGAGCGCUCCGUCGCCCUGUGCAAUGGCGUCUCCCAGUGGGUGCAGCUCAUGGUGCUCAGCCGCCCCACCCCGCAGCUCCGUGCCCAGGUCUUCGUCAAGUUCAUCCAGGUGGCUCAGAAGCUCCACCAGCUGCAGAACUUCAACACGCUCAUGGCCGUGAUCGGCGGGCUCUGCCACAGUUCCAUCUCCAGGCUCAAGGAGACCAGCUCGCACGUCCCCCACGAAAUCAAUAAGGUCCUGGGCGAGAUGACGGAGCUGCUGUCCUCCUGCAGAAACUACGACAACUACCGGCGCGCCUACGGCGAGUGCUCCCACUUCAAGAUCCCCAUCCUGGGGGUGCACCUGAAGGACCUCGUCUCCCUGCACGAAGCCAUGCCCGACUACCUGGAGGACGGCAAGGUGAACGUGCCCAAGCUGCUGGCCCUGUACAGCCACAUCAACGAGCUGGUGCAGCUGCAGGAGGCUGCCCCGCCGCUCGAGGCCAACAAGGAUCUGGUGCACCUGCUCACGCUGUCCCUGGACCUCUACUACACAGAAGACGAGAUCUAUGAGCUCUCCUAUGCCCGCGAACCCAAGAACCACAGAGCGCCGCCUCUGACGCCUUCGAAGCCACCGGUAGUGGUGGACUGGGCCUCCGGUGUCUCCCCCAAGCCCGACCCCAAGACCAUCAGCAAGCACGUGCAGAGGAUGGUGGACUCUGUCUUCAAGAACUACGACCACGACCAGGACGGCUACAUCUCCCAGGAGGAGUUUGAGAAGAUAGCUGCGAGCUUCCCCUUCUCCUUCUGCGUGAUGGACGGCGACCGGGAAGGCCUCAUCAGCCGCGCGGAGAUCACAGCCUACUUCAUGAGGGCCAGCUCCAUCUACUCCAAGCUGGGCCUGGGCUUCCCUCACAACUUCCAGGAGACCACCUACCUGAAGCCCACCUUCUGUGACAACUGUGCGGGAUUUCUCUGGGGAGUGAUCAAGCAGGGGUACCGAUGUAAAGACUGCGGGAUGAACUGCCACAAGCAGUGCAAGGACCUGGUGGUGUUCGAGUGCAAGAAGCGAGCCAAGAGCCCGGCAGCUCCCACGGAGGGCAGCGCCUGGGCAGGGCCCGUGUCCGGCCUUUACCCGCUGGGAGCCAAACACCUGCUGUACGGAAUUUGACCUCAACCAGUGCUUGUGUUCUAAGUUGUGAUUUGAGCAUAACUGCUAAGGAAAACAGGAGGCUUCAAGAUCACAGAACGGAAGCAGCCACCUCUGCCCGCCUGGCAUGCCGGCCACCUGGGAGGCGGAGACCUGGAGGUGUGCAGUCCCACACAAGCAGACCUCAUCUGGGAGAUAACGAAUGUAUCAAGAGCAGGGGGGCACAUCCCAAGAGCAGGAGCGCUUACCUAGCAGGCGCAGCCCCGUUAGCCCCCAGUGCUGCUGAAACCAACACCAGGCAGCGGUGACUGGCUGUAGCCACUCUCCCCAGGGUGCUUUACCCGGGAGCCCAUGGCCCUGGCUCAGCAGGUGGCUGCCUGGGCCGAGGCUGGCUCUGCCCUGCAGGGGGUGACGGCCCUACCCUUGCCACUGGGGUCAGGACCAGGGACCCGGCUGCUGGCCCAGUGCCGGCUCCCACGGGCUCUGCAGUGGAAGGAGGCGCAGAGUCUGGGCCGGCAGCUGCUGCUGUGCACACGACACACCCUACAGUGAGCUUCACGCAGUCCACACAGCCCAGUCCAAGGAGAGAGAAGCCCGGCGGCAGCCCUGUCUCCAGGCCCAGGGUCCAUGGCGCCCUGGGGCUCCUCCCUGCGUGGGCACGCCCACUGCAGCGGCAGAGGCCGCCGCAGCCCCCCUGCCGCUACACCCGUGUGCUUGCGUCCACGGGGUCCGGGGCAUGGCCGCCAGAGGCCACCGCUUGUCCACAGGAAGCACCCACAGGUCCCCACUGUCUGCACUAAGGACACCUGCUUCGGUUUUCCGCGGUGUCACAGCCCGCCUGCACCAGGGAGCCUGGCCGACACAGCACCCAGGGGACCGGCACCCUCCCACGGGAGGGCGGCCACACGGCACGCAGUCGAGUGGCAUCGCACUAGAGGGGGUGGCUCUGUCCGACGGACCCUCUACAGUGUGCGCGGGGCGCCCUGUGCACCAGUAACACUUCUGAGCUUAGGAGCGGAAAUGACAACUCAAGACCUCCCCACUCAAAAGCCGGGGGACAAACAGAAGGUACUAGAACAUAAGACCUCCCCACUCAUGGCCUGGAAGGACAUCGUUGCUGUGUUCACUCCACCAGGAGCAACUGGUCAGUCACUACAAUCCCAUCAAAUGUCAGCAGAAAUGGCAAUUCUAAAAUUCAUACUGAGCACAGAAGACCCCAAGUAGCCAAAGCAGCCUCAAGAGAAGAAAGCUGGAGCCAGGCACUUCCAAAACAAGAUUUGUAAGACAAGACACGUGGGAAAUGAGCGGGGGAGGUAGCGUGGUCUCUCACAAAGCAGGCUAUCCCACUGCAGGGGUAUCUCCGAAGGAAGCCAGCAAGGCAGAGACGCCGUCGCCCGUUUAUCUUGGCCCUCUUCGCAACAGCUAACAUGGAGCCAGCCAAUCCACAGACGGACGGAUCCUUUCACUAUACACACACCCGUGCACAGUAUAAUGUAGUACACAGUGUGGUUUAUUACAGUCCACAGAGUAUCAUUCAUCCAUAUAGAAAACAGAAUCCUGUUGUUUGUAGCAAAUGAACUGGAAGAAACUGCAUUUAGUGAGAUACACCAUACACAGAAAGAUGACCAUCCGGUCUUAGUGGUUGAUUACUAGGGGUGAGAGUAGAGGGAGGGGCAGGGCAGGACAUGGUCAAUGCAGAUUGAUGCACGCAUGGGAAGAGCACACUGAGCCCGUAAACAUGGAAAAGUAAUGCUAGUUAGCUGGGAAGGUCGCUCAGUGGUACAGUGCUUACCUUGCAUGCCUGAGGCCCUGGGUUCGA